GAGGGAAAAUUCGGUUUUACGGUUGGCGGAAAAAAUUGAUUUUACUAGGAUAAUUUGAUUUACGUUUAUAUAAUAAAAAUUAGUUAAUUUUUUUAUUUGUUUCAUAUAAUUUCUGUUAAGAGAGCAUAAAAUUUUAAAAAAUCUAAUUAAAUCAACAAUAGUUUAAAUAGGUCUAAAUGAAUUUAAAUGGGUACAUGUAAAUUUCACGGAUUUUAAAUAGAUACUCCUAAUAGACCUAUUUUUAAAUGAGUCUAAACGGAUAUGGGUUCUAAAUAGGGUGGGUUCUAAAUGGGAUGAGUCUAAAUAUGGUGGGUUGUACCAUUUUAACAUCUCCACGACUCUCUUUCUCUCAUAAGAAACCGUAAGAGAGAAGGGAGAGAGUCUAUGAUUCCCUUUCUGAUGUUUUAGAGAGAAUGUUAUGGUUUAGAUGUAUGAAAGCAAAGAGGGCAUGUUUCAAUUAGAGAGUGUUUGGUGAUGGAUACAAACGAGUGGUGAAAAUUUGACGUGUGACAUUAUAUUCAUUGCGUGGCUGCAACUCAACCAUUAAAUCUUCUUGGAACCUUUUCCAUGUGUUUUUAUUGAUUUCUACAAAAUAUCGAGUUAAAAAAUGCAAUAGAUAAAGCAAACAAAAUAUAUCUACAAGAAUAUAUUAAACCCCAUUUUGUUUAAAUUAUAAUCAUACAAGACUUUAACUCAUUUUAGAAGAAACGCUAACUUAACAAACUCAUGUUACAUAUAAAUUUGGUAACACCACCCCAGGCUGGUUCAUCCUACAAGUAUUAGAACCUGAAAGACUAAAGUGCACCCGGAGAUAGAUUCUUCUACUGGGACUACUUGUUUUUUUUAUCUCCUUGGAGAUAAUAUUAUCACGCAUGUGUUUCAUGAGCCAGAUGUCUGUUUGAAUCUUUUUGGUUCUUACUCUCUUCUUUUUGUUCGCAUCUAUUGUUGAGGGGAGAGUGUGCACCUUAGGGCAUCAUUAUUGGUGUCUUUUAGGUUGAGGUCCUUAAGACCAUCUCCAACGAUGAGUUUAGGCUGAAGCUCUACAGCAAAAUAAGGAAAAAAAUAAAUCAAAAAUGAUUACGCCGGUCGUGUUUGUUUUCCGUGGUGUGGGAAGGGAGACAUCUUGUAGAUGGAACCGGGGCUGCUAUCAAGGAGAACGCCAUAAAAAUCGCUAUGUCGGAGAUUUUCCUCUCGAGGAAGAUCAAUCACCCAACAUCAUUCGCCGGUCGUGUUUGUCGUUGAACCUAAUGGAAACUCCGGUGAAACUCCGGCGGUGGAAUCGCCGAGUGAUAUCUUCCAACGGUGGUUGGGAGAAGACCUGGAAAGCAGGAGCAACCCCAUGGGACUUGCUGGACCAACUCCGAUCAGUAAACAUCUCGCUUAGACGGGUUCAUAGCCUAAAGGCAGAGCUCUUGUUCCUGGCUGUGGAACGUAUGUUCUUGGACAAGGACACAGCUUUCUUGAAUAUCUUAUGUAGGCCUGGGCGUUCGGGUAUCCGUUGGCAUUCGGGUCAGGUUUUUCGGGUUUUCGGAUUUUCGGGUUUACGCUUCUAGGUCCCAUACUAAAAUUUUAUUAGUACGGGUCGGGUUCGGAUAAUAACACUUCGGGUUCGGUUCAAAAUUGUAUUACAUCAUAAAAUCCAUAAAGUAAUCAUAUAUCGUACGG